AGCGUUUAAACCUCAAGACGGAAAAAGCGCGGGAAGUGUUGAAUUAAGCGGGCGUCUUUUUUUUGGCUAAACUUUUGAAAAUUAAAUUAAUUUAAUAUUACAGGAUCAGUUAAGUUGUAAAGUGUAUAUAUAUUAGUAGUAUUGAUUAUUUAUAGUUUUAGUUUGUUUUCUUCGCCUGUUAUUGAAUUCUUGGACUCACAUUUGGCGUUCUUCAAGACAGACUAAAGGUCGAUAUUACAGCACGAUCCAAGUGGAUAUACCUCCUAAACCGUGGUUUUCAAAUCUGACGUUUGGUAAAGCUAUCACAUCGACCCUUAUUCGCAUGAGGCUGGGCCAUGCAUGCAUUCCCUUGCAUUUGGCAAGGCUUAACCUUUUGCCUAGCGAUAUAUGUGAGUGUGGCAAUGACGUUGGGGAUUUUAAUCAUAUAUUCUUUGCCUGUCCUCGAAAUGACCGUUCCGCUUUUAUUUCCUCACUUUUGUCCAUUAAAAUUCCUUUUCCUACUUCAAUUUCUAUCCUUUUAUCUAAUAUCAAUAUUGAUGUAUAUAGAAUAUUAGCUAGUUUCAUUUUUCAUAAUAAUAUAAAAUUGUAACCAUUUAUGUACUUAGUUUAUAUAAUAUAUAUACCUGAUCCUUUUUCCAAAUUCCGUUCCAAAUUCAAAUCCAAAAAAUAAAUCCAUUAACACACUUCCUAACCUUUUUGCGUGGCUGACGCACAAACCGUGCAGGCCAAGAAAUGGGAGAAAAAAAAAAAAAAACCUCAAGACAUAAGUUUUGUGACUUUUGUGUAGAGGCGAUGCUGAUAAAAUAUUUUUAUGCUAUUAAUGUUCAUAUAGAAAGUAAUUUAGGAUUUUACCGUUCAACAAUGUGGGUGUCUCUAAGUAACUUUUGCAAAUAAUUAACUACAAUAACAGUGCCAUCAAUAAAUAAACAUAGUUUAGAAACGAACAAAUAAAUUUACACUUUUGAAACAUACUUCUCUACAACUGUAUGGACUUUUCACACUAUUAAGUUUGGAUUAACGUUCAUUUUAAAAGUCUUCAUAAUGGAUAACCUUGAAAACUCUGAGAACACUGACAAAAUAUCAGAUUCGGCAUACUCAAACAGCUGCAGUUACAGUCAAUCAAGAAGAAGUCACAGCUCAAAAUCUACUCAUUCCGGGAGUUAUUCUAGCGGCAGUAGCGGAUACGGAGGUCGACAUGUUACUGGCACUAACAGUAAUAAGUUGGCUCAGUCACCAAAUAAAGAUAAAGAGUUAAAGAAAAAGAAACAAUCACAAACAGAGCUAACGACUACCAAAGAACAAAAUGAAGGAGAAAGCGGACCUCAAGAAUCUGUGAACCUGGAAACUCUAGAGGAGGAGAAGCAUGAUGUUACGAGCGCACCCUCUCCAGCGCAUGUACAGGUCGAGAAGGGACCUGAGAAUAUGGAUAUAGCUUCAACAGACACUGAAGGCGACAAGGUAGAGGUUUUAUCGUGUGACCUGCAACCGCAGAACUCUACUGUCGAUGUAGUUACGAGUCGUUCGAAUCUAAUCUGUUACACUGAUGGAUUUUCAUGCGUUAUAUCGAUGCACGAUGGAAUCGUAAUGUACACGACAUCAUCGCUGACGGCUAUACUCGGUUUCCCGAAGGACAUGUGGAUCGGGAGGUCAUUUAUCGAUUUCGUUCAUCCAAGGGACCGUAGCACGUUCGCGUCACAGAUAACCAGUGGUUUGGCCGUCCCGAAAACUGCAAACGGUACGCAAGAAAAAGCUCAAUCGCCGGGUAAUUCUGGAUCGACUAUGGUGUGUCGGAUAAGACGUUACAGAGGUCUGAGCACGGGGUUCGGAGUUAAGGAAAGAGUGGUCACGUUCAUGCCGUUCCUUUUGAAAUUCACGUUCAAGAACAUAAGCGAUGAAGAGGGAAAUGUCAUCUACCUCGUCAUACAGGCCACACCAUUUUUUUCAGCGUUCAAAACGUCGUUUGAAAUAUUACCGAAAGUUAAUCCUUUCGUGAUGCGUCACUCCGCGAAUGGUAAUCUCGAGUACUUAGACCCAGAAUCUGUACCUUAUCUCGGAUAUUUACCUCAAGAUGUCCAAGACAAGGACGCAUUGCAACUCUAUCAUCCGGAAGAUUUGGAAUACCUCCAGCAAGUAUACGAGGUAAUCGUUAAGGAUGGUGGCAUGCCGCGUUCCAAAACUUACAGAAUGAUGACACAAAACGGUGAUUACAUAAAAAUCGAAACCGAAUGGUCUUCGUUUAUUAAUCCUUGGUCGAAGAAGCUGGAAUUCGUCAUCGGGAAACAUUACAUCAUUGAAGGCCCCGAGAAUCCAGAUGUAUUCCAGUCCCAAGAUCCGGAGAAACAUACAAAAUUAUGCGACGAACAAAUAAAAAAGUCCAUGGUAUUUCGCGAGAAUAUCGUUAAACUUAUGAAUGAGGCUCUAACGAAACCAGCGGAAGUUGCCAAACAGCAAAUGAGCAAGCGUUGCCAGGACUUAGCGUCGUUCAUGGAGAGCCUCAUGGAGGAACCACCGAAAAAUGACGAGGAAUUACGCCUAGAAAUACAGGAUCCGGACCACAGUUAUUAUGAGCGUGAUUCGGUAAUGCUCGGCGGGAUAUCUCCCCAUCACGACUACAAUGACAGCAAAUCAAGCACAGAAACACCGCUGAGUUAUAAUCAACUAAACUAUAACGAGACAUUACAAAGAUAUUUCGACAGUCAUGAACCCUUUUCGAGCGAGAACUUCAAUCCCUUGAUUGUGGCAAAGGAGCCAAAUAAUUUAAAAUCGAUACUAAGUACUUGUUUAUCACCAAUGGCUCAGAACUCUGGCGAUUCGACCGAGUUGAAUAGUUCGUCCGAUUCUAGUAGUAUGGCCCUGGGAGGAGUAAGUCCUGUGGGUAUAUUAGGCGACUACCACCACGUUCGGCUCACCGAGUUCCUACUAACCAAACACAAUGAUGAAAUGGAAAAGGAACUGAUAAAUAUGCAUAGAGAGAGCCGGUCCAAUAGUAAAGGAGAAAGAGAUAAGACAUCUAACGAAACGAGACAGAAGAAAAAGGAACAUCUAGCGAGGUGUAAAGCUUCGUUUCAUCCAACCGCGACCAGCACCACACCUGUGGACAAAGAAGUGUAUAAAAAACCUCACGGUGUCAAACGUGCUUCGAAACAUAUCGAAACGGAAACUGUAUCGCACAAAUACCAUUGUCCAUCGCCCAGAGCGUCUAGACCUAGGCAAACCACCAGUGCGGCGCCUGUACAAACUUCGUCCACUUUGACUACUUCUGUUGCCUCGACUACCUGGCCACCCAGCACCAAUGCUGCUGGAAAUAUGAACACAUUCAUACUAGGAGUCGGAAUGGCUCCACAGAUGUCCCUUAUAAGUCCGGUUCCGCCAAUGGCAGGAAUGCUUCCGUUGUAUUACACUCCGAUGGCCACAAUGGCUCCCGUGCCUUCCACAUCGGAGGCCGCGAACCAUCAAAAUCUUCAUAAUAAUCCACAGCAGUAUGCUCCACCUCCAAUGCAAUGUGUAUUGUACGGUCAGCCUAUAUACGGUCAGCCGAUGUACAGUUCGCCGUUCGUGUACUCACCAAUGAACCCGCACACUAACUAUCCUAUGCAACAGACCACGCCGCAACCGAAUGCUCAGUUCACACCCACAAACACAAUGAAUCCCUUGUGUUUGGCCAAUAGCAACUAUGAAGAGGCAUGUCAAGCUACCGUCCUACCAAGAACGUCGACUUCGAGGCGUGAUAAGAAAUACGUACAUUCAAAAACUUCAAACAUCGACCGCGGAAGCUCUAAUAAAAAUAGUUCCACUGACGCAAUUAAUCGGAGAACAGAAGCAGGGCAUGCCACAACGCCAUCUAAAGACAUUAAGAAAACGAGCAGGUUGGGUAACACCGAGGAGAUUGUAGACAAAACUGACGGAGAAUCUAGCUAUUCCUCGUUUUACUCGUCGUUUUUCAAGACGGAAUCUGGCAGCGCGGAAGAGAGUGGCGAAAGCAAGAAAAGGGACACAAGAAAUCACGUCAAAUUUUGGGAUAAAAACUAUCGUGGCGACGAUGGGAUGGCGAUGCCUGGUUCAACGGAGGUCCGCCAAACUUUUUCCGAUCACCAUAUUCCAGCGAAGGUACCCAGACGAAACAUUGAACCACCAUGGAUGGAGCAGGUAUGCCUGACGUCAGAGCUCGUCUACAAUUACCAGAUAAGGACAAAAACAAUGGAGGAAGUACUUUCAUCUGACAAGCAGAAGAUUAGUAACCUUGAGCAGCCGUCACUAGUGAACGAGCAACUUGGUCAGCUGUACCUGGACCUUCAGUUGGAAGGUGUCGCCGCGCGACUCACCCUCGAGGAGGGUAUCACCAGUUCCAGCAGUUCCGGUGAAGAGACAACAACCUCGUCCAAGAGGAAACGGGAAUACAGCAAAUUGGUUAUGAUAUAUGAAGAGAACGCUCCCUUCCCACCUCCUUCUUCUGAAGAGAUACAAGAGAUACCGACAGCCAAUCAGUCCGAGUCCUAGUCGAACAGUAUUUCUACCACUUCGUGUUGUCGAGGUACAAAAGAAUUACGACAUUACUUUUUUGCAAUUAUUAUAUAUUGCAAUGAUUAUACUGGGUGUUAGGAAAUCGCUUCCGAAAACGAAGACAGACGAUAGUACAAAUGACACCUUAGAUGAUAGGACGGAAAAAAAUAGAUCAUGAUUUAAAAAAAAUAUCAUAUUUUUAAAGCGUUUUGUUAAUAUUAUAUUUAUAUAUUUACGCUCCAUCAUAUUAGUGCAGCUAAAUGAAACGUUAGUUUCAUUAAAAAUACAUUAAGUACUUUACAAAAAAAAAACCCAGCAAUGAAACAUAAAAUCAAAAACAGCUGAUGCUCUGAUCAACGAACGCCCAACAAUGAAGACGUGGCUUCCGCCUUUAAAACUGCCAAAAUUCUCCAAUUAUUACCAAGAAGAAGACCUGGCUGUAUGGACUAAAGUCCUUUGCCUUUCCCAUUAGGGAUAAAUUAAUAUCAUCAUCAACGAGAACGCCCGGGCGCAGGGCGGCGCACAAAUGCUUAUUUACAGCGGUCUCCUAAAACUUGAUAUAUCUUUUUGUACUCAAGCUAUUAAGUGCUGUAUUAUUUUUCUUCUCGACCCUCGGAGGCUUGCAGGCCUCUGAUCCCGAUUUGAUCUAGCGUCGGUUUUGAACCACGAAUAAUAUGCGACUAGCACUUGCAAUGCAUCUUUACGAUUGUCAACGUUAGUGCAUGGCUUGUCUUGUUUAUCCUUUGUCUGUGGUAUAGCGUGCAAACUGGCCACGAACAUGACUUUUUUAAAGGGUUUUUGAUAUCAACCUCUUUGAUGUCUAUCUUUUUAAUAUACUCCUCUGGAUCAUAUCUAAAUCGAUUUUAUGAUCGAUUCAAAGGAAAACACGUAUUAUGAAACGCGUAUGCGCCUUUGUGUAAUUUAAUUACAUUAAAUGUUUGUAGGGACACAGUUUGAUUUGUAAAAAAUGUUUGUAGACGCUUUGGAGUUGCAACAUGAAUGCAGACUCGAUUUUCUUGUCUUUAAAUAUUCUAUGUGUUGAUGUAAAUUAGAACAUUUCUGCGAUAUAAUUCGCUGCAUUUUAAUGUCUACAUUAAUAUAAAUAGCUGUAAUUAAUUAUGUAUAUUAUAGGUUUCUCACUAAAUUUGCUCAUUCAGUUUGAAAAAUAUUUUAUGAAAAUUUUGCUUUAAAUACACAACACCGGUUUUAACUGUGAUAAAUAAUAUAUUAAUAAUAUAUAUAUGUUAUGUCUAUGUAUAUACAUUUUAUAAAUAUACCUGUUAGAGACAAUAGGCAAGCAGACCUUAAAUAUAUAUAUCUCUGUAUAUAUAUCUUAAGAAUAGUUAUAAUGGGUGUUUAUAAAAUCUUAAUUCAAUCAAUAAUGAAUUCUAUUAAAAUUGACAGGUGAAAUAAUGUAAUUGCCAUGUUUGUUUUCAGUCGAGAUUUGUUUCUCUGUUUAGGAGCAUUUUAAACUUCAUUCGCACUUGUAUUCUUGAGACAGCUGUAUAAUAUAGGUAGACGAAACAAAAGAUAAUUACUGUUUGUAUUUCUCUUUGUUUGUGCUUUGUGCGCUCCUAAAUCGUUUAUUCUAUUGGGAUAAAACACGUUGCAGUUAUUUCUGGCACACAAAGGUACCUUUCUGUUAGAAAACCAUCAAAUAACGAUAGAUGGCGCUUUCAUUCGUUGACACAUAAAUAAUAAAUUGCGGAUGCGUUUCCAACUUUAUAUAUUCAUUUUACAUACAUAUUGUGUUCAAAUUUUAUUUACUUAGUGUGCUUUUUUUGUUUUUUAUUUUUAAUGUUUAUUUCUAAAGGUAAUAAAUACAGUAAAUGCCCUAUUUAGUCGAGAUGUCAAAGUGCUUAACGAUUAAUCCUUUUAUUGUUUUUGUUUUGAUGCGUCCUAUUUUAUUUUUUAUAUCCUGUUUACGGGUUAACGUCCUGCGUAAAAUAACUCAAAAAUUUUUUUUUAAUUGUUGUUGUUUUUAUUAUGCAUUUUUUAUUAGUAAUUCUUAAUUUUACCACCGAUCCUAACUGGAGCAUUAAGAAUAAACAAACUCGGCCUACAUGUGUUUUAUGCUAUUGUUGAUAAUUAAUUAUAUUGACGGACAAUGAGAAGGAAAGAGUGUCGUGCUAAUGAUAACUGAAUCGAGUCGCCACUAUAAUACUGCCAUUUUAAACAUUAGCUACAUGACUACAAGGAAGUCAAUGUUGAUGCAUUUAUUUUAUAAUUUUUUAAACUUUCUUUUUAAUAAAUAUACAAAAAUGUAUUAUAAAGCAAAUGAAAUAUAGCUCGUAUGAAAACCAAGCUUCUAAAUACAAACCUAUGUUUUUUUUUUUUAUUAACAAAAAAAUCAACGCUACCUUACUAUAUGAAUGUAUUUAAGUAUACUUUAAUUUUAAUUAAACCCCUAAAAAGUCGUAGAUCCGUGAAGAAGGAACAAAAAGAUAAAUUGUAGAAUGUGAAAUAAAUUAAUGGAAAUUCAAGGAACCCUAAAUUGAUUAAAAUUUAAAAACGUUCUGUUAUUAAUAUAUAUUCAGUAAAAUUAAUAUGAAUUAUACAAAUCAAGGUCAAAGUAAUAGAACGCAUGAAAUACGUAAUGAAUAAUAAUAUUUUACCGCAUACAUACCUAUAAACACAUUGUAUAUUAGUUUAAUGUACAGACACAAUAUAGCAUCAUUGUAUGUAUAGUAUUUAAAGCAUUAUGUAUAGAUUUAGACAUUAAAAUAAAUGUUACAUAAUCUAAUUAAAUAAAAACAAACUUAAAUAUAAUUAAUGCAAAAAUAUAAAAAAAAAUCGUACAUAAAAUUAAUGAAAACUCAAUGUGCUAUUUUAUUUAGAUUGAACAAUGUCUAUGUAAAAUUAUGUGGUAGAUUCAGCGCGACACUGCUCUUGGUAGGACUAGGACUAGAACUAGACUAGUGUAGUCCGCGUAAGGUUGGUAUAACCAACCGAGAUUAAUGUGCAGAUAGUAAAAAAAUAAUAGGAACAUUAAUUACAGAGGUAGCUGCCAAAUGUUUUCAUUAAACAAUAUCUUGCAUUGUAUCACUGUCAUUAAUAAUUAGUUUUGUAAAGAGUUUACAAUUAAAUCUGCAGUCGGGAGAGUUAUGUAAAUGCAGAUUUAUGAAAAGUAUAAGUGGAUGUUAGGUUUUUUUGUUUUGUUUUUUUGAUGUCAUUAAGACAAAAAUGGUACUUAAAUAUAUGCUUAUCUAUUAAAAUACCUACUCCCUAUUAGGUGGACGUAAUAUUAAACCCAUAUAAGUUUGAAUGCUUUAAUGGUUACAAAUGUUUUUUUUCUUUUUAUUCACAACAGAAUAGCUUUAUAUAAUGACAUGAUAGUAUAUCGUAAUAAAGAUAUGUAUUUUUUUUUAACAAUGCAAUCUAUACAGAUUCUUUUAUUUUAUUGUUGGAAUAGUACUUAAUGGGGCUGCUCGAGAAACCGAGACUGCAAUAGACUAGUACCUAGUAAAUCGAAAAACAAAAUAUCAUAAGCAAUGCUUCAUUGACCCGCAAUGAAUGUAAUAAUUUGGGGGUCAAUAACCUCGCACGAUAGCCGUCAGGUGGUUUUAAAAUUGUGUUGCAUUGCGCACUGUUAUUCACUUUUCUGUUCGAACACGGCUCUUAUUUAGUCCCUAUACGUUGGCUUGACCUAAUCUACAUAAUAUUUGAAUGUAGAUCUUUAUCUCAUAUGACACAUAUUUUAUAGUAAAAUAUUAAAUUGUAAAACAUACAGAAUGAUAUUCUUAAGGCACAUGCAGAUUUUUAUACCCUGAUCUGAUCAAUAACGUAUAUUAUUAAUUAACACUGACGGUAGCAUACGUGCUUUUUGAGCUUUUUAGAUACAUUUUUAAUUUCUCAAUUUACAACCCACUUUUAAUAGAUUUAGUAAAACAAAAAUCUGCAGCUAUCACUUUAUGUAAGUAAUAUGAUUCGUUCGACAUUCUGCAAGAGAAGAGAGCGAGGGAUACUAAAAUUCAUUAAGACAAGUUGCAAAGAAAAUAUUUAAAAAAAAAUACAUAUAAAGUAUUCUCUGAAAUUUUACACAAUUUUUUGAAAGCGCUACUGCUCUGUUUUCUUUUUAUAAUCGAAAUCAAAUUAAAAAUCACCUGUUGAAAAAAAAGAAAACACGUUGCUUAUUUUACACAAUUUAUUAUGAGAACAUCACAAUUUUUACAAGUAAGGUAAUUAAAAUUUCGUUAUUAAGCAAAAUUACUAGUAAUGAAUCCGUAACUACGAAAAUCACGUUCGAAAUUUAGGAGCAAAAUAUAUAUUUAUGGUGUCGUUAGUAUUUAUAAAAAGAAUAAAAUAAAGAUGAUAACUAAACCGCUUUUUAUCAGUAGUUUAAUUAUCUAAUUAUUUUGAAUCUUAUUUUAAAUUAUAGGAAAUUGACUCUUGAUAUUUAAAAGACAAGCAGAUGUGCUGCUAAUAUGACUUCAGUUUAUGGCUCUUAUUGAUUCGAGACACGUGCAACUUGUUUGUCGGUGAUAAAACAAAAGUGCGCUUGAAAUGCUAUGUCUUGUGAUAAUUGAAGUCACAUACCCAUUUACCACAUCUGGUCUAGAACGUAUGCUUUAUAAUUUGUAACCUUUAUCGAUUUUACGAUUCGAUCUUUGCUGCACUUCAGAAUUCAAACGUUAAAGACACGGAAUGUAGAUCCACUUAUCGCAAAAAAAGAUAAUAUACUUUAGAUUGUAAUUUAAAAAAAUAAACGGAAUUUUCUUGAUGCCUCUAAUAUUAUUAUAUUAAAAGAUAAUUUAUAGAAAUCUAAUUUUAAAAAUUUAUCAGACGUAAUUGCGGAUCUUAAUGUAAUUUCUGAAAUUGCUUCGAAUACGUAGUUUUUGUGGUAACAGUUAAGGUCUCCCUAUAAAUAAAAGAAAUGUAAUAUUUCGGUAUUAAAUUAAAUAUUUCAAUUUGCAUUUUUAUUUUUACAUAAAGAUAUCUUUGUUACCUUGUUAUCGCAUUUAUUUUCUUUCAUGAGUAACUUACUUUAGAUAUUUCUAAUUAAUAUACUUAGUGCUUCUAGUAGUGUAAGUGAAACGAUACACAGAUAGAAACUAUUUUUUUAAAUGUAUUCAUUAAAUUUUCAACAAAUUGCAGAAACCGUUCCUAUUAGUUCAUAGAAGAAAAUAAAUAUGUAUAUAUAUUAUAUAAAUUAAUAUUUUUUGGUUCUCCUGAUAACACGUAUUUGUAACAAAUAGAGAUAUUUUGAUAUUUUGACUUUGAAAAGUCGUUUCCAACAAAAUAAAUACCUAUUUUUAUUUUCAUGAAAAUUGAUUAUCUGUUCAAGUUUUACCUUUCGUAAUCUGUGUAUAAAUAAAUUAAUGCUUUCUGAAAGCUAUAUGUUUUGUGUAAAUUGAUUUAAUUUAAUUGUGUUUUAAUAUUAGUCGUUUUUAGUAUAAAAUACAAGUUUACGAGUUAUUAUAAAUGCUUAUGUCGCUGUUUAAUGUGUUAGUUCAGUUUUUACAGUGUUGCAAUGCUAAAAUUUUAUGGUAGUGGUAUUAUAACAAAUAAAUAUAAUCGUAACUAAA